GUCCCAAAUAUUCCCUCAUGUUUUGUCAAAUAUAAACCUUAUUAUCUUUCUCACUCCCCUCAUUAUCUCUCUCCGAUUUUCCCUUUUUCGUCUAACCUUUUCCUUUGCAGACAUUCGUAUAAACCCUAACCCUAGCUCUCGAUUUCUACUGUCUUAAGAAAACUAUGGGAGAAACCAGAGAAAACGAUGCUUACGAAGAGGAGCUUCUCGAUUACGAUGAGGAGGAAGAAAAAGUUCCAGAUCCCGCUGUCACCAAAACUAACGGCGAAGCCGCUAAAAAGGGUUACAGUGGCAUCUACAGUUCAGGAUUCAGAGACUUCCUUCUAAAGCCAGAGUUAUUGCGUUCAAUUGUCGAUUGUGGGUUUGAGCAUCCAUCAGAAGUGCAACACGAGUGUAUUCCUCAAGCGAUUUUGGGGAUGGACGUCAUAUGCCAAGCCAAAUCUGGCAUGGGGAAGACUGCUGUUUUUGUGCUUUCAACUUUACAACAGAUUGAUCCUGUGGCUGGGCAAGUUGCUGCACUUGUUCUCUGUCACACCCGAGAAUUGGCUUAUCAGAUCUGUCAUGAGUUCGAGAGGUUCAGCACAUAUCUGCCUGGUGUGAAGGUUGCUGUUUUCUAUGGAGGUGUUAAUAUCAAAAUCCACAAGGACCUGCUUAAAAAUGAAUGCCCUCAUAUUGUUGUGGGUACUCCCGGAAGGAUACUUGCAUUGGCUAGAGACAAAGAUUUGUCAUUAAAGAAUGUCCGACAUUUUAUUCUUGAUGAAUGUGACAAGAUGCUCGAGUCCCUUGACAUGAGGAGAGAUGUGCAGGAGAUCUUCAAAAUGACUCCCCAUGACAAGCAAGUGAUGAUGUUCUCUGCAACUCUAAGCAAGGCUAUCCGUCCGGUUUGCAAGAAAUUUAUGCAAGAUCCGAUGGAAAUAUAUGUGGAUGAUGAAGCCAAGUUGACCCUUCACGGUCUUGUACAGCACUACAUCAAAUUGUCCGAGUUAGAGAAGAAUCGCAAGUUGAAUGAUUUGUUGGACGCUCUGGAUUUCAAUCAAGUUGUCAUCUUCGUCAAGAGUGUCAGUAGAGCUGCUGAGUUGAACAAGCUUCUUGUGGAGUGCAACUUUCCUUCAAUCUGCAUCCAUUCUGGCAUGUCCCAGGAAGAAAGAUUGGCUCGAUACAAGGGUUUCAAAGAUGGAAAGCAAAGAAUCCUUGUCGCUACUGAUUUAGUUGGUAGGGGGAUUGACAUUGAAAGAGUAAACAUUGUUAUCAAUUAUGACAUGCCAGAUUCUGCUGACACUUACCUACAUAGGGUUGGCAGAGCUGGAAGGUUCGGGACAAAGGGUCUGGCCAUUACGUUUGUCUCUUCUGCCUCUGACUCUGAUGUUCUUAAUCAGGUUCAAGAGAGGUUUGAGGUUGAUAUCAAGGAGCUUCCUGAGCAGAUUGAUACCUCCACAUACAUGCCAUCAUAGGAUAUUGCUUCAAUGCGCAAGCUAUUGAUCAUUCACGCUAUUGAUCAUUUGGUGGAUAUGUUCGUGAGAAUGCCAAUGAUAGAAUUACAAAUCAGAAGAGCCUUGCGAUUGUUUUGGUUGUGCUGUUCAACUCCAGCAAUAUUUGUAAUCCUGGAAGUCAGAUUUCAUUGUACUUUUACAUUAUAUGCGUAGUACUUAAAUUACUUCUAUUUGUAGCUUUCCUUGCUCACAAGUUAUGAGGAUACUACACUUUUUAUUGUGUUACUUCAUAGAAUUUUGGUAGCAGGCAUGUUUA